AUGGUUUCAUCGGUUUCAUCACCUUCAACUUAUCCUUUAAAAGGAAUUUAUUUUUUCUUUUCAAAUUGGAUCCUUGUUCGAAGAGUUAUAGUUAUAUUAAUAAUUACAUUAUUAGCGUCUCUUGUAACUUUGGGUCUCGUCUUUGGUUUUCUUUUAAAACUUCAAGCACAUGCAUUAAUAUUUGCUAAUUGCCCAGCUUGGAUAGCUUGGAUAGUUUCAGUAAUUUUUUGUUUGCUGGAAAAUGCUUUAUUUGACGAUGUUUUAAGAUUGAGAGGAUUAAAUCAUGUAUUGGAAAGAAAAGGAAGACCAUCCGAUUUGAUAAUAACGCUUUUAAUCACAAUGCCAUUACAUUUAUUUCCAGUCAUUGGAACAUUUUUAUAUUGUUAUUUGAAUGGAUGGAUAAUGACAUGGGGUCAUCAAAUACAUUAUCAUUUGGAAAUUAAACAUUGGAGUGUUAAUCAAUCAAGAAAGUUUGCAUGGAGGAAUCGUGAAGAUUACAUACAGUUUGGUGCUAUAGCAGUUGCACUGGAAUUAAUACCAAUAUUAAAUCUCGUAUUCUUCUGGACAAACGUUGUCGGAGCUGCAUUAUGGACAGCUGAUGUAAGUUGGGAAAAUGAUGCGGAUGGAUUCAACGGUUCACACACUCUAAAUGAUCCAACAUCAACAUCUUCAUCUUCAUAUAAAGCUGCUCAAAGAAUGAACAAUGAUGGAUAUGGUGUUGUAACUGUAUAA